UAGCGGAGCUGUGUGCUUUUAUACUCGUUUGCGUGAUCACAAUCAUUAACAACCAUACAAUAAUGUGUACAGUUCUGUGAAAGAGAAAAUAGCUCAUAUUUGGUGUUAUAUUUACAGGUUUUGUGUUUUAAAGGAAAUACUCCAUUAACGUUUUCUUUGACAUGAAUGAUGUAGUCUGGUACGGCUAGCUAGAUGUAAAGUCGCUAGCCUAGAUAAAGUUAGCUCAUUGGUGUUAAGAUUAAAAAAGAAAAUGCAAAUUGCAGUGGCAGAUGUUAUAAGCAGUUAAAUCGUGUGCUAUUAUUAUGUGUAGCUAUCUGGUAGCUACGUAUCUUUGGCGUGUUCUCUUUCUGAGCAAAUCGGAAUCCAUCAAGGGAUGGUGGAUCUGGCUCUAUCGACAUGGUUGUCAUUCUUUGCAAAUAUAACAAGUAAAAAGUCAGUUAGUUCAUUGCUGUCCAAUAGUGUGUAUCGCUUGCUUUACGCUAAGUCGUGCACUGAUAUGCUGUAGUUUUUUUAAGGGAAUAAAUUGAUGUCUUCAUUUUGCUUGCUGUGUCCACACGUGCCUCUCAUAGAUUUUACAGAAUGGCUACUACUGAAAAUACAGAACUGGAUCCACCAGACAACAGAAAGGUGCAUAGAGGUGACUCAGACGGCAGGUACCCACUGAAAGUGCUCUACUGUGGAGUGUGUUCCUUGCCGACAGAGUACUGCGAGUACCUGCCCGAGCCGGCCAAAUGCAGGCAGUGGCUGGAGAAGAACUUUCCAGAACAGUUCGCCAAGAUGAUCCUAGGGAACGCUCCAAAGCAGGACACGGGAGGGGGAGAGGCGCCCCCUACUGGAGAGGAGGAAGAGAAGAAGAAACAAAAGAGGGGUGGCAGGGGUCAGAUCAAACAGAAGAAGAAGACCGUACCCCAGAGAGUGACGGUAGCCAAAAUCCCGCGAGCCAAGAAGAAAUAUGUGACCCGUGUGUGUGGACUCAACACCUUCGAGAUUGAACUGAAGGAAGCGCAGAGAUUCUUUGCGCAGAAGUUCUCUUGUGGAGCGUCCGUAAUGGCCGAGGAUGAGAUCAUCAUUCAGGGAGAUUUCACUGAUGACAUCAUCGAUGUGAUUCAGGAAAAGUGGCCAGAGGUGGAUGACGACAGCAUAGAGGAUCUGGGAGAAGUGAAGAAGUGAAGAGGGAAUCCAAACUGACACCACAGAAUGACCUGGCCAAAACACAAAUGCAUUCAAAGCUGCCAUUUUAUUUACUGUAUAGAAACUGGAAACCAUGGACUUUUUUUGUGGCUCUGUGUUCAGGUCAGAGAUGGGGACACUUGAGUCGCACAUACACGGACUCCAGACUUGACUCCGACUCCAAAAAUGACCUGAGACUCGACUCGGACUCGUCAAUAAGGACUCGUGAACAAUAAAAGUCUGCCAAAUAGCAUCGUGAAAAUGACGAAGUGAAUAAUGUUACAGCCAAUUUAAAUUAUUUAUUUUUGCAACCAUAGCAACACCCUACCCUGUAUUUCUUGCAGCAUAGCUCGCUGAGAUUGGCUACAGUUCCACAUGUUGUGGCCUUUGAGUUAAAAUAAUUCAGGCUCAUCGAGCCAAACAAAAUGAUUGCAAUUAGCAAAAUGUAGAGUAUUAAAAUUAAAAAUGCGGGAGCAACCACGUCAAAUUUCAACAGACGUUUGAAAACUCAUACAGAAAAGUAAGUCUGUUUACUAGCACCGGAUGUGAUCCACCGCUGUUCAGUGUUACAUUAAGGUAACUUGGCUGAACUUGUCUGACUCAGUAUAAUGUUUGUGUCACCGUUUAAUCAGCAUAACAAAAGCGAAUAUGUUCUUAUUUUGUUGACUGCCAAGUUGUAGCGAUGUUGGAUUACACUUCAAAUGGUUAGUCUUGAAAAGCUAUGCAAGCUAUGAGCCAUGAGCGUAAGGUACAGUAACGUCUUCAGGUUGGCUUGAAAAGCCCCGUGCAUUUUCAUUGUCAAUGUAGUUCACACAAGCAGCUGCGUUUUCAGUAAAAACGACAUGGGAUUUUGAUUUGGAGCUUGAUCAAGGGUUGCACUAUUUAAAAAAAACCUUUCUGUAUGGUCUUUAAGAUCGAUAUGCAAGCGGGACAGUGAGUGAUAUUGAAUGUCUUUUUAGGUGACGUUGUGUACUAGUUGCGUGGACAUUGUUUGGCAUUCCAUUGUCAUACAAAUAUGAACUGUAUUUUCGAGAGAGCUUGUUUGUAAUUGACGUUAACAUUAAAAGCUACCAUAGAACCCGAGUUUGGCAUGUAGGCUACUGUAGUUGCAUGCCGUUUUGAAAAGAUUUUGCACUAUUGCAAAAAUAAUUUUACUAUGCAAUAGUACAAUGGCAUUCCUUAGGAUUCGAGGUUUUCUUAUAGCAUAAUGUAGAUGUAGUCCCAAAAUCAUACCUCCCGAUUUCUUGCAUAAACAAUAUCUAGCCUCAUUAGAUUUUUUUCAAUGAUUAAAGUAAAUGCUUAACAGUUACCUUUCAUUUAAAAAUGAAAAAGUAAGAGUAUAUUACAGUUUUUUACAAUCACUUCGACCCUAAUCUCACAAGCUUGUGCUCAAUUUACAAAAUCUUAGACACAACACUCAAAAUGGUAAGCACUUGUAACACAGCCUGUUCGCUUGUUCAAAACAUGGAGUGCAUAAAUAUCUUUGAAGAAAUCUUGCACUUCCAAACUCAUUGGUUCAAAUUCCUCAUUUUUCAUCACACAAAAGAUACCUAUAGCUUCACUGUUUAGUUGUUUUUACAAUACUUUACUGUAGCAUGAAAAAAUACUUGAUACAUGUUUCAAUAUGGUCUUUUUGUGGUUCUAAAUGAAGGGAAUCGUGGCAAAACUAGGAGAGUGGAAUCAUUGAAAAAAAUUGAAGAAAUACAAUUAUAACAUACUGUGGGUUGUUUCUGUUUUUAUUUUAUUUUUACAAACAAGCCUUUUUUAUACUUUUUAGAACUUUUUUUUGUUGUUGUUUUUUUUUAGAACUUUUCACAGUUCACAAGAGCACUGUAUGUGGACCAAACGUAAUGAUUUUUUCAUUGCUUUUACAAAAAAUCAGGCUGAACCACCAAAAAUGAUACAUUUCUACAGUCCACUUUGAAAAUCACUAGCAGAAAAUAGUGCAUCGACUGUAAUGCCACUGGUUGUGUUUUUUAGAUCAUUGUUCUAUGACCAGAAAUUCUAGUGCUGGUGCUUUUCCUUUGAAACAUGUUUGCAGUGGUUUGGUAGCUUUGAUCCAUUUUGUGAAUUCAAUGAACUGACUGUAUGUUGGUGCAGAGAGUUGUAUGAAGCGUUUUGAAAAAGUGAAUUCUUAGCAAUUGUAAAGCAAAAUUAUGGGUACAAAAUGGGAAAAAAUCCUGAACUGCAGUGAAAGACACUGUCCUCUACUAGUCCUAGACUAAAUUUAAUUGGUGAUUAUCCAUACAAAGCUGCAUUUAGUCCAGGCCCCCAUUUUGUUGUUGACCAUCAUCUUAUAUUACAGCCCAUGGCAAUGCUUACAUUAUGUCACAUGAGUCACACAGAGUUCUUAAAAAUAGAAUGGUUAUUUAUUUUAUCUUAUUUAUUGAUGUACCUAUUACCUACCACACCAGACCAUCGCCUUUCUCCAGCCACCUUGAGAGAGGCUUUGCCAAAGCAUUGGCUCAGGCGUGGUAGUUCAUUGAUAUAUGAAUAAAUAAAUGAAAUAACCACUACCCUUUUGUCUGCCCCUGAUUAUACUGCUUCUUCAGUUGUCUCACACAUAUAUCUUCAAUUAGCAUAGGGAUAGUGAUGAAUUUCUAUAGCCAUACUGUUGUUUAGGCUGCACCAUACUGGAGACUUGAGACUUGACUCGGACUCCAGCUCGGAGACUUGAGACUUCACUUGGACUCUAGCUUAGAGACUUGAGACUUGACUCGGACUUGCAUUUGAUGACUUGUGAACAUCUCUGGUUCAGGUUACGUACCUGAAGCCCCUUUGAGGAUGUUUGACAGUCUCAUGGAUGGAUCACUGUGUUAAUGUACCACACAAGCAGUGCCGCUGUAUAAAAUUAUAGCAGCUGUAUAAUGGAAUAACACAGGAUCAUACAACUUCUCAGCAGCAGGUGAAACAAGCUUUCUCCUUAAAGCUGAAUUGAACAGCUCCAGUUCGGCUUUCUGUGUCAUUACGAAAAAGGACUGUAUUUACAGGAAGUUGCGAAACACACAUUUGAAUAUAUGUGUAAAAAUAAAAACACUAAGCGAAACUAUAAUCAACAAAAAUGCAAA